AUGCAGGCUGAGGAUGUGGUUCCCGUCGCCAACGGCACGUCACUGACAUCCAACUGUCUCAAGUAUGCCGACGAAAACCCCAGCGACUUCCUCAACUAUCUGCGAACCUGGUGGGAGAGCAAUGCGGCUGCAGCAACGGAGGAUCCAUCUGGGAUAACAACCCUGAAAGACACCAAAGUCCUCUGCCUGGGUGGAGACCGAUUGGCCCUCUCACGAACCUACCUUCCCGUCCCGAAGCUUCUAUCUCUUUGCGAGGGAUACAUGCUCGAGAACGAACCCUUUCCUUUCCUCAAGUUGAAAACGCCCCCAACAGACGACGAAGAUCUUGGCGAAUGGGCUUUCCUCGCGUCGCACUUUGCCGUUGGGACUCGGAAUGACCUGAACUUUUACCUCGACAUUCUCCGCUUUAUUCGGCAAAAGAACCGCCGUGAACAAGUCAGGCUUCCGCGCCGAAUCUUGCAGCUGUACCUCCGCAUCCAUGCCGCCUGCGAGGCGUCUAAUGAUACGCUGCAGGCUCAGCAAAAAGUUAGAGAGGUCUUUGGUAAGACCGAUCUCAUUUUACGACAUGGAUGGUGGCAUAGCCUCGGUUCAUGUUUCCUAGAAUCCAACGGCCGACCGCGUGGCUGGACCUUUGUCUUUCCGCCCGAGGAUAGCUGGAACGCGAACGACGCGGAGCGUGCGGAAUUACGACAAUUUUAUCAGCAAACAUUGAAAAUUCCCAAUGCGAUUUCAUUGAAGGACAUAUUGGAUCGUCUCGACGCAGCCCGUGCCGAUACCUCCAUUCACCCCAAUUUGGGACUGGAUAAGCUGUACGGUGCUAUCGAUGAGAUGGUCCCCCGUCUCUCCGAGAGAGAAGUGAUGGAGCUGAGAUCUUCCUUCGAGGAAAAGGCUUACAUCCGUGCAUUUUCUAAUGGUUCAACGGGGUGGCACAAGCUAUCGGCCUGUGUCUGGGCCCCUGGGUUGAAUAUCCCGGGCAAGGUCGAUUUGAGCGACGACUACGGCAGACUCGAGUCAUUUUUCACCGACUCUCUAAAGGUCUCCAGUGGGUUCCGCAUGGUUUAUAGCCACUUGAUAAACCUGGACCCAGAAGGUGUGUCGACAAUGGCCGUGAAAGAAAUGAUUUGGUCAUUAAAUGCGUCACUGCCGGAUCAUGGAGAUUCGCUGGAUCCGAAGCCCUUCUGUUCCAGUUCAGUGUUCCCGGUGAGGAAGACAAACGGCGUGGUUAAGCUCUCGUCAGCGGAAACGGAGUUUUCGAUCAUCGACAGAGAUUUCCUUGAGGAACAAUUCUCAGGCAUGGUGGAGAUGCUUGAUUUCACUGCUCACGAGAUCUGGCGUCUUGAGCCUCUGAUGGUAUGGGCCAAUCUCGAAAGCCGAUACCUGUCCUGGAAUGUUGCAGAGGCUAGCUAUCUCGAAGGUUCUACGCCUGAGUUGGUUCCGGGAGGAUUUACAGCGGCGAGGAGUCGGGGUCUUGUCCGUAUUGCGAGUCAUUUUCGGAGUCCUCGAGUCAAAACCGCCGCGGAACGACGGUCGAUCAUCAGCAUCAUCGAGAAAACCACCUUCUACCAGACUGAUGACAUGUUUCUGCAACUCGCCUUGAGCACAAAUAACAAUGGUGUGUCCACGGUCGACAAGAUCCCAAGUCAGCUGCACAUUGAAGAGUGCAGUGAUCACUUGAAAAUCUACAUACCCCAUGGCGAAGUAGCCCAGGAGUUCUGCUUCGCGCAAAAGUUGCCGCGUCGUUUGGUGGAGUGGAUAAUGACCGAACCCAGCUCUGACGUGAUUGGAAGAGUUGACGAGGUUGCCGUGGGUCUUUUCAAGACUCUCUUUACUAUUCGAGAUGAAUUGGUCGAUCCUAUACUUGAUGCGGAAGGGAUAGUGAUGGUUGAUGGCUUGGACUCAUCAGUUACCGACAGCCCAAGACAGAUUGAAUCCAAGCCGGUAGCGUCGGGCAACCGACGAAUUCUCAUUCCGACGGGAAAGCGAAGUCGGGCGAACUCCAACUCUCCAUCGACAAGGCCGUCAUCAGUCGACUCGACACCACUCGGGAAACGAAGUCGGGCGAAUUCCACAGUCCGAGGACUUGGACCGGUCGAUCUCCCAUCGCCGGGAUAUGUUGAGGCUACCCUUCAGCUGGAGUCGCUUCAGAUUUCAGAGCUGGAAUCAAAUUAG